AAUAAAAAAAAAAGAGGAUCCUGGCCUUUAAAAGGAAGCAUAUAUAGAAGAAAAACAGUAAAAUGAAUAGCAGUGGUGAGCUGGAUGGGGUUCUGAUUUCUGGAAGGAUUAGGAAGACGAUGGGGUUCCUGUUUUGUUUAUACGUCUGCAAAGAUCGACUGCAAUCGAUAUUCCAAAUACCCAAAAGGAUCACGAAAUAUCUGUGACAGCUUUAUUUUCUCACUGAUUUUCUUUUAUUUUUUUGCUCAUUUUCUCAUCUUUAACAAGUCUAUAUAUUUUUUAGCCCCCGGCCGACAGCAUUGCUUUCACAUAGCUCUGUUCCUCCGUAGAGUUUUGUCAGAGAAGCGCGUUUUUCUCUCCAUCGUUUUUGCUGUCCUUUCUUGGUUAAUUCUCGAAAGCAGUCAUUUUUGUUGCUUUUCUUCUUCAAAGGUUUUGUGGGAAUUGGGAUAGUUUUGUUUUAGGGUUAGAGCUUUGAGAAUGGCCUCUUCUUCUUCUUCUUCUUCAGCAUCAGCGGGGGAUGAAAAACCGCAUGUUCUAGCGGUUGAUGAUAGUCUUUUGGACCGCAAACUCAUUGAAAGGCUACUCACCAACUCUUCAUGUAAAGUGACUACCGCAGAGAACGGGCAAAGGGCACUGGAGUUGUUGGGCCUAGGUGAUGAUCGGCAACACGCAUUCAAUGGUGAUGCUUCCAAGGUAAACUUGAUAAUCACUGAUUAUUGUAUGCCAGGAAUGACGGGGUAUGAUCUACUCAAAAAAAUUAAGGAAUCACCUACCAUGAAGGACAUACCAGUAGUGGUUGUGUCAUCUGAGAAUGUCCCUACUCGAAUUAAGAAGUGCCUGGAUGAAGGAGCUCAAGAAUUCAUCAUGAAGCCUCUCCAGCUAUCGGAUGUUAAGAAGUUGAGAUGUCAGCUAACGAAGUUCGGCAAUCCUCACAAAGGGAUGCUUUGCAUGGGAAGAUGAGCGCCUCCCUCAGAAGAGAGGAAUUGCAGGAACCAAAAAAAAAAAGCCAUAGGAAAACGAAAAUGAAGACCGACUUACAUGAAUACAUCAAGCCCUCCAGAAAUGCUAGUAUUAGUUUAGUUUAUCUUUCUAUCGCUAAUCUGAUAUCCUCUGAAACUCCUUUGCUAUAUAUAUAUAGAAUUAAGCACAUGCCUGUGGCUUUCGCUCUCUGGAUUGCUCAAAAGGCUAUUGUUUUUUUAUCAGAUAGGAAGUUCGGAACAACCAAAAGAAAAACUUAAAUUGUGUCACUAGACUGCUAAGUUACAAGUAACCUUCUUGACCAUUUGUGGAACUGUAGGGUAUGGAAACAAAGCAGGAAAAAUCGUUUUCUGAUUGUUCAUCCAUGAGUUUGAAAAGAAUCCCCAAUUCUAUCCGAUGUGAAGGUGUCAUACCUUCUUUGUGGUGUCCUGUGCAGAUGCAUCCUUCAGUAUCUUCUGCGCGCAAAGAAGCUGAAGGACAUAGCUUUGAAGCAUCAUCACCUGACAAGAUGAGUUGUCACAGUUACUCUCUGUCUUUGUUAUUAUCCUUCUUUCCUGAGGCCCAAAAAUGUAUUGUAUUUCUGCAGGCACAUGAGUAUAAUAGGUUACUCCGCCAGAAAUAAAACAUCGAACAAAUUUUGAAAGUUCAAAGGGCAGCUCAUGAGAAAAAGGCCAACAAAUAUGCACCUUUAUUCCCAUUCUGAUAUGGAAGGGUCGCUUCAUCGUCAUUAUGAUGUCUGCCAACAUAACCAUUUUAGCCUAAUAUAGGUUUAAAUAUAGGAACGUUCUUGAGAAAGGAACGAAAAACAAUAAUAAGAAGAGAAUUAUUAAGUCUUUUUGACGUACUCUUGUUCUUCUAUGAUGCUUUUAACUUUGUCAGAGAUCAAUAGAGAUGUUGAUGCCUGCUCUGCAUGGUCAGGAGAACGUGUAGUUUUUA